AUGGAUUGUUUUCAGUCACAAUCUUUAUCGGAAAAUCUCAAAGAAACAAUGAUGAAGCUUCAUAAAGAUGAGCGGCAGCUGUCACUGUCAUCAUUUGAGACUUGCAACUUUGGUCACAAUUGUAUCCGAUCACCAUGUUCUCCUGUGGCUAGUCCCAAUGAUCUAAAGAAGCACAAAUUCCAUCUAUUCGAAGCGGAUAUGCCAGAAUUACCCUAUUAUAACAAAUAUAAUGCAUCACUCCGAAGCUCGGACGAUUACAAUGCAGUCCACUACAAACGUUCAAUCAAAAUUCUUUCAGUUUUUGUGCUGUCUUCUACAGUCAUCUGCCUGCUUACUUUGAAGACCGAAGGAGGCCUUACAAAGCUAUACUCAUUGCUACCUGCUCUGGCAGCAGUGGUUGCGCUAGUUACUGCUGUGAUAUCUGCAUCGCGAAUACCAGUUAACCCAGUGAAUAGCGAGAGGCGCUGCAAGACACUUGCUUUUCCAUAUCUCACUUUCUUCAACAUUUUUCUCGCCAUACUACUGGUUUGCACUGCUGAUUACGGUACAGUUGCCAAGCUGACUGUAUGGAUGAUUCUCGGUCAGUGUUUGUUUAGUUCAUUGGGUCGAAAGCGAGCGUUGGCCUGUUUCACACCGGAGGUUUCGAAAUCAGUGGGUUUGAGUGGAAAUUUUGGAAAGUUGUGA